AUGGACGCGCGAAACGUCGCGCGCGUGGUGCAGAUGUUGACCGUCUUGCACGUCGUGCACGCGCCGCACAUGGCGGUGUUUGCGGUGUUGGGGACGGCGUACGCGUUGGGUCGAUGGCGUACGCUCGCGGCGGUGGUCGCGUUGUACGCGUCGACGUACGUGACGAGACAGAAGUCGCUCGAGCGGGGACAGAGAAAGUGGGAGCAGUUCCAGACGUGGACGCUUCGGACGGUGGAGGGGGCGGCGAAAUCGUGGUACGGGAGCGUGCGCGUGGUGCACGACGGGAAGGUUUCGGAAGCGGCGCAUUCGUCGCCGCACGUCUUCGCGUACCACCCGCACUCGAUGGUUCCCGCGGGCGCCGUGUGGUUUCACAUGCUCCCGGAUUUUAGCGCCCGUUUUCGCGGGAUUCAACCCGUGACGCUCGCAGCCUCGGUUUUGUUUAAGGCACCGAUCGUCCGGGAGCUUGCGGCGUGGCUUGGCGUUCGUGCGGUGAGCAGAGAGAUUUUCCGUUCGACGCUACGAGAGCAAGGCGCGGUUGUCGUGUGCCCGGGAGGACAGCACGAGAUGCAAGAGCACGGAGGUCCGAUGGAGGAGACGAUCGUUUUAUGCACCAAACAUAAAGGAUUCAUUCGAAUAGCGAUCGAGGAGCGCGCGCGCGUCGUCCCCGUGAUUUGUUUCGGCGAGAGCAAGAGUUGGACCAACAUCAUGGCAAAGCCGGGCCGUUAUCUCUACAGACGCUUUCGAUUCGGUUUCACCCCGUUACUAGCCGUGGGCUACCUCGGAAUUCUUCCGCUCCCGAGACGCGUACCCAUCACGUUCGUCAUCGGCGAGCCGAUGGUACUUCCUGAUCCGGAUGCCUUGACGGGACUGGCGAAGGAAUCGGAUGUCGACGCGUUCCACGCGUCGUAUUACAGUCAAGUGGAGAGACUGUUCGACGAGCACAAAUCCAAAGCCGGGUUCCCUGAGCUUUGCCUCGUGAUGAAAAACGAUUAG